AUGAAGAAAACGCCCAAAGCAGCUCUGAGUCUGCCCGGCAGAGCCGCGUACAUCCUACUUCUCAUGGCUGGCUACUGGUUGACGGAGGUCAUCCCGAUCUAUGUGACCGCACUGUUCCCCGUCUUUUUGGCCCCAGUUCUUGGACUGAUCCCAUCAUCCAAAAUAUGUCCUGCAUACAUGAAGGACUACAAACAGCACGGUUCGGCAAGAGCUUCACACCUACCUUCACACCAAAACCCAAACCUAAUGCGUGAAGACGGGUCAAUCGACGUGUUAGAUGAAUUUGUUUGCCUGAGUAGUUCUACAAAUUCCGGCGGGCUCGGUGGAGAUGAGAUUUCUUCUCGAAUCAGGAAAACCAGGAAAGCUUUUGGCGACCUUUCCCACCUAUGGCUCCUAGUGACGACAUCAUUUCUGCGACGCCACUCUGCGACAAAACGCAUUACCACGCAGUGCAUGCCACAGGCCACCACUGAAAGGCCCUGA